CAACAACUGUUCAUCCCCAAUUCUGUGGAAUCGUCCAUAUAUAGCAUAGGAUGGCCUAUGACACAGGAGAGGUCAUCUACGCCAGCCUGGGGGUCCUGAUCGCCGUGCCGUGUUGCCUGGGCAACCUGCUGGUCAUCUGGGCUGUGUGGACGUGUGGCGUCCUGAAGCAGCAGCCCAUCUUCUGCUUCAUCGUCUCGCUGGCCGUGGCCGACUUCCUGGUGGGGGCCGUGUCCGUGCCGCUGCGGGUGCUGGCCGACAGCCGAGUCCAGAUGCCCUUCUACGGGUGCCUGAGCUUCUGCUGCUGGGUGCUGUACCUGCCCCUGGUGUCUGUCUUCUCACAACUCUCACUGGCCUGCGAUCGCUUCCUCAGAGUCAUCAUACCCCUCAGGUACAAGACCAUUGUUACUACCCAGCGGUGUUGGUGGGUGGUGGCUGCGUGCUGGCUGGUGGCAGCAGUGGUCAGCUUCACUCCUCUCAUGGGCUGGAACAACCGCGGCAAUACGCCGUCUGGAAACUGGUCAGACUGCCAGUUCCUGGACGUCAUGUCCAUGUCCUACCUGGUCCACUUCUACUUCUACACCUGCUUUGUGGUCCCCAUGCUGAUCAUGACGGCGCUGUACUGCGGCAUCUUCACUCUCAUCCGCCGUCAGCUGAGGAGGCCCAGCAUCGGCGUCUCGCAUCUCGACUACCGGAAAGAGCGCAACCUCAUCCGGUCUCUCGUUCUGGUGCUGGUGCUUUUUGCCGGCUCCUGGCUCCCCAUACACAUUAUCGACAUGGUGAAUUAUUACGUGGGGGUGUACACGGUCCCACUGGGGGCUGUCUAUGCUGGCAUCCUCCUCUUCCAGGCCAGCUCGGCCAUCAACCCGGUCAUUUACGCCCUUAAGAUCCAGCAAAUACGUAGGGCCUGUAGGUCAAUCCUAAGGAGGGUCUUUUGUUGCAAGAAAGAGAAUGCAGAAUCUGGAGACAGUCACACACCAGCAAACAACAAUGACAGCAGCAGCAACACCAGGAGAGCUAGAUGCGAUAUCGAGGUCAAAACUGAUGAAACGUCAGAAAACUGGUAAUUGACAUCUGCACUAUUAUGGUAAACAUCUAGUAACACCUGGUAAACUCACGAUCACCAUCUUUCAUAUUGUGGGUGGGUGGCACCAUGUCAGCAAUGAGAAAAUAUGGACUUACAUUCAAUUAAACUUUAAAGGGAUACGCCACCCCCAAGUCCCGCAGUCCCAAGAGUUAAAUACUGUAAGGGUGUUUUCACACUUAAUCCCAUUCAGCCUUUCAAGCAAACUCAGACCUGUGACUCAGCAUUUCUGCAUAUAUGUCAACGCUCCAAAGUGUACCCAGACCCCUCGGAAGUGAACCGUACUGAGACCUUUAUUGAUGUGGUCUCAGUACGGUUCACUCCUGAGUUCUGACAAGUGUAAUGGGAUAAUCGCUUCAGGAGACCUCUAGAGGACCGGAUGUGAUCUAAAAAAGGACUGACACAUCAUAAAAGCCUGGACCAGAAAGAGCAGCCGGUUCUUUUUGUCAUACACUCACAAUAUAAACAGAAACAGUAACAGAAACAGUAAUUUUGCUGUCGGUUCACUUUUUGGUCCAUUUAAAGAGAACUGAGAUUUUGGCCAAAGUAAAGGAUUUAACUUGAUUACUUUCUGUGUC